AUGGUUUCUAAAUACUUUCAUCUGCCUAUGAAUCAAGCGGUGAAAGAGUUAAAGAUUAAGGAAGCUUGUUUGAAGAAGAUAUGUAAGAAGGUUGGAAUUGAUGAAUUGCCAUAUAAGAAGCUGCGUACCUUGGAGCGAUUAGCAAAAAAUGUCCAAGGGAAUACUGAUCAUAGAGAAAUUAUAAAUGAGCUAGAAAAUCAAAGGGAGCAAAUGUUAAAGGAUCCUAAUCUUCAAUCAGGCAUAGAAAGAAAUAAACUUGAAGUUUCAUACUUUAAGAAGAGAAAGUAUCGAAAUUUGACGGAACUUUCUUACUAUGCUCCUCUUGCGAGCUCAUGUUAUGUUUAUGGUAAUCCUCUCCCAAAAACUAAUAAUGAAGAUACAAUGUAG